AUGACGCCACUAUUCCACGAGUUACAAUUCUAUCUCACACGUUCACUCUCCACUAAAGAGAAAGCAGAGCUUGAACGACUAAUUGAACAGAAUGGAGGUAUCGUGUCAACUACACCAGCACGUGCUAUGCAGCUUGUAAAUUACGAAUCACUGGAUGCAACGCAUCCCGAGUGGAUCUCCUUCGAUUUUAUCAAGGAUUCCGUCAUGUUGCAAUCAUUGCAAAACCCCUCUCAAUAUUCUGGAAAAGUUUAUACAAUUAGUAGAGAGAAGAAUACUGAUACUAAUAAUAACGUGAAGAAACAUGGUAGAAGAAAAUAUACAGUAGAAGAAGAUGCAAGGAUGUUACAUUAUGUUAAACUCAGAGGCUGGAAAUCGAUGCAGCCCAUGGCAGAGAGUGUGUGGAGACAAGCAGAGCGUGAGAAAGUGACGUUACAUUCAGCUCAGAGUAUGUAUGAACACUUUAGGAAACAAUUGCAGCGGAAGACAUUAAUGGAACAACGAUAUAUUAUGGCAAAGGCUGCGGCAGAGGUGAGAACGUGGAUAGUGAAUCACGAUGUCGUUGCAGCAAAUGAGGUGAAACGCGUAGGAGAAAUGCAAUCGUGUCCGAACUCGACGGGAUUACGGAAUUGCACGACUCCAGAGUCGAUAGCGAUAACGCAAGCUUUACAAAUUGCUUCAGUCGCUCCAGAUCAGUGUAGAUCUACGGUCCCUAUGACGUCUUCGGUUGCGAUGCGUGGAUUGGGGAAUAUAAACAGACGUGACGUGAGAACGCGGUCUAGGAAACCUACUUCUCCGUUGAGAAUCUCCGAGAGACUUCGUAGAAGUGAAGGGACCGACGUAUCUAAAGGCAUUACGUCUUUUAGAUCUACUACAUCUACGAAUCCUUAUCAUGUAGCUACGCCAGUGUGUCCAGCGACACCAGAGAUUUCGGUUGCUCAGACGGCCCCGGCAGAAUUGGAAACAGACGACCAGAGUGCAGACAGAAAGCAGCAUAAGCGAAAACAUGGAUCUUCAAGUAGUGAGGCCUCUGUCAGUCACGAUUCAAGCUUAUCGCACCAAGACACAGAGGACAGCGAUGUCGAAAGUGUUGAGAGCCUGACUCGUCGAGAUAAUGGCGUUUUUUUUCGCAGUACUUGGACCGAGCUGGCCAGAGACCAUACUAAGAGACGCAUGCUGCAGCGUUUUUUUGAACCUUUCUUGACACCUGCUUCAGUAGCCCAUACCUCGACACCUGAUCCUGAAGCCCAAGCAAGCAGCAGCGUCGCACCCUUACUCACGCAUCCGACUGACGUUGUCGUUCCUGCAGCAGCUCAAGUGGGAGAAGGGUUACAUCAAGUAAAGACGAUGGAGCAUGCUACAGACAAGGAAACCGAUCAAAUUAUUUGCCAGCUGCAAUUUGACACGCACCAAGAUAUGCCGACAGUGGUCCAUGCUCUGUACUAUUGCAGCGGUGACGUUGAAAUGGCUGCAGCCUUCUUAAAAGGCUUAAUGCCAUUAAGCAUGUGGUCUCCUGAGGACGACUUGCUACUCGUAAAUCUAGUGGCUGAGGAAGUCAUCGAUCGCUCUGUUGUAGAUGCAGCUAUAGCUCGUGGGGAUUUUGAAUUAAUGCGAGUGUGGUUGAAGAAAAGGUAUCAGCGACAGCAUGCUUGGGAUUCCGUAAUUCGAGUCACUGCCAAUAGUUGCGAAUCAAUGCACGUGAUGAGCAUUAAACGGGCUCAACCAAUAUGGAAUGCGAUACUAAAGACACUGAAAACUUGCAGCUUUAGUCACCCCCUGCUAUUUGCCUCCAAGUAUCGUGGACAAUGUACCUCACUUGACUCCAGAGAAUAUGCGAUGGUAGAUAAUUGUCUUAAAAUCAAGGACUUGACUGCACAAGUGGUUGAUUUUGCUGACAUCUUGAGUUUAGUUAAGCUCGCGAUGAAUGGAAUACGGUCUUUCCGAGAGCUUUUGAACGUAAUUGACUACAGGCUUGUGUUUUCUGCAAGGGAUUAUGUUAAUAACUCGAACCCGCCAAGUUUCAAGGCAACAGCGUUCAUGGUUGAGACAAGCGGUGGACGACGCGUUAUUUCGACCGAGGAGUUCAUGCAAGCCGCGCAGUUGCUGCAGUUGGAGCUGAUUGUGCCGCUUGCCGACGAGAUUUCGGGUGAGAAAGGGAGAAAUCGACACCGGGCGGCCUUGUGGGUGGAAAUGACCAAAUUCUGCGCCAGAGCAAAGCGCUUGGAGCUGAUCGAUAUUAUCGUGAAAGCGGUCACACUUGUGUCGCUUCCGCGUCUCAUCUCUGGGAUUGGACACCCACUUGACGUGCUUGACACCUUCAACCGCGGUGUCGACGCCUUUGUGUCCCCCUACCCGGAUAAUGCCACCAAAGCUGGAUCUGUUCUAGUCUUUUGGAUCAGCGACGACGAUAACGGCAGUAGCGCACGUGAGCGCUUUGGCGGAUUGUUGCACUUGCGUGAGAAACGGUUUGCGACUGACUUCAGCCCACUAAUGGCAGGGUUCGACUGCUUCACCUGCCAGAAAUAUUCACGAGCGUACGUCCAUCACAUGCUGAACGUCCGUGAGAUGCUUGGUGCCAUUUUGUUGUAUCUACACAACCUGCAGCACUACUACCGCUUCUUUCGUGAGAUCCGAGCAGUCAUCAUCGCAGACCGCUUUAGCGCUUACCACGCCAAAUUCGCAUCAAAGUUCAAAGAGAAGGUGUCACCUGCACCACCACUUUUGAUUCCGGCCGCGAUCGAAGAACGGACGAGGAAAACUGACGUUAAAAUGGGUGUGACCAAGGCGACAGCUCCAUUUGUAAGCAUGAGACAGUGA